CUGCGAGCAGACAGCCAAUUAUUACUUGUUUAUCAUGUAUUGUGACAACCUUAUGGUAGGGCAAACUUCAGCCUGGAGCUGUGUAAUAAGCACGUCAAUCGGGUCGUACCCCGCAUCGAUUUCCAACAUCCCGUCUCGCGACAGCGCUUGUUAGGCCUCGAAUACCCCGAACCUGGCCACCGGGCACAAUUUCUCCGCAAACUAGCAUCAUUUACGCAUCUCCCGUCCGUAACAAAAGCCAAGCCCAUCUCUACGAUGGGUAUGAAAGACUAUUCUGAGACAUUUUGGCACACCCGCUGUGACCAUGAAACCAUCGCCAGUCAUCGCAGCGGCGCUUGGUGCCUCUGCUUCUGCAACGCCAACACACAACAGCCAUAAACCCUCCUUCAAUUGGUCUCAAACUAAACAGUUGAUCGCCUUCGGUGACUCCUACACCUUCAUCCAAGGCACCGCCGGCCACGCAAACUACUCCUUCAUCGGCGAUGCACUCUCCUCCUCCUUCCACCCGUCUGACCUCCUCGCCGACCGCAUCGUACAGAAUCUCACCGGCACCGCAGAAGGUGGGCCAAACUGGGUCGAGUUCCUGACAUCCUGCGGUGUUAAGCCCGGCCUCACCAAUCCACGCAGCUGCAAGGACAAGCAGCUCUGGGAUUUCGCCUAUGCGGGCGCAAAUACGAUUGAAGAUGCGAGUUUCACGCCACUGCAUCAUAAUCACACGCUCGCGCUGGAGAAGCAAGUAAAGCAGUUUGUGGAGUACGGUGAUCCCGCCUUGACGUCUACGCACACGGUGAAAAAGAAGGGGGACGUUUUGAUUGCGUUCUGGAUCGGCAUCAACGACAUCAACGACCUUUCGAAGCUGCGAGGCCGCAAUGCGACGUUUGCGCCGCUGUAUGAGCGCGUUCAGAAGCGCCAAUUCGAGCUUGUCAGGCAGGUGUAUGACUUAGGCUACCGCCACUUCCUCUUUAUGAAUCUCCCACCGCUGGACCGUGGGCCUUCGCCGUCUGUGAAUGCGUCGAUGGUCGCGGAGUUCAAUUCCAUACUUAAGACGCAUGCGGAUGGGUUCCAGCAAGCGCAGAAGGAUGCGACGGUGCUGCAGUUCGAUGUUAAUGCCGUGCUGAAUCGGGUGCUGGAUGGAUAUGAGGCGUAUGGGUUUCAGAACGUGACGGGGUACUGCAAGGCGUACGAUCAGCCGGACAUUCUGACUGACCCGGGGAAGUACGGGUGCGCGCCGCUUGAGACGUAUUUUUGGUACAAUUCGGGGCAUUUGACGAGUCGGACGCAUGAGAUUUUUGCUGGGGAUCUGGGCAAGUUCCUGAAGGGGUAUGCAUAGAGUAAGCCAGGCGUAGUUUUCGCGAGAGCGUGACCGUACUCGAAUGAUUGGAC